UUUGUGUACAGACUUAUGAUACAAGACUCAGUCCUGAAAUUUGUUUACAGCGCUGUAUCAGAAGAUGGGGAAAUAUCUCGUGAGAGUGGUGAAGCGACGAAGUCUCCACAGGUGGAUAAAGAAAGAUCACCCUCACCCAAAAAGAAGAAAAAGAGGAAGAGAAGGAAGAAAAGCAAAUCUCAGAAAAAUGAUUCGUCUUUAGAUGAAUCAAGCACUGAGGAGGUAAACAGGAAGAGAAAAAAGCACAAAGACAAGAAGCCUCAGUACCCUAAUCCUGAUAAAUAUUCGUCCAGGUCACGUUCAAGAUCCCUAACUCCUCCAAGAAGUACAGAUAAAAGAGCUAGGUUGGGGUCGCAUUCCAGAUCAGGAUCCAGGUCAAGAAAUGUUGAGUCAAGAAAACAACUGAAGUAUCGAAACAGAUCCAGGUCACGAACCAGAAGAUCUCACUCAAGAUGUAUAUCAUCCAAAUCAGGAUCGAGAAACAAGUCCAGGUCAUUGUCUAGAGGUAGGAAAUCCAAGUCAGCGUCGAGAUCUAGAAAAUCCAGGUCAUGGUCGAGAGGUAGAAGGUCCAGGUCAUGGUCAAGAAGCAGAAGGACCCGGUCAAGAAGCAGAAGGACCCGGUCAGGAAGCAGAAGAUCCCGGUCAAGAAGCAGAAGGACUCAGUCAAGAAGCAGAAGGACUCGGUCAAGAAGCAGAAGGACUCGGUCAAGAAGCAGAAGGACUCGGUCAAGAAGUAGGAGGUCCAGAUCUUGGUCAAGAAAUAGAGGAUCGAGAUUCAGAAGAUCUAGAUCAGGUUCCAGGUUAGGAUCAACAUCAAGAUCAAGAAUUAAAAGGAGUCCAAGGCCGAGAUUCAGAAGAUCCAGGUCAGGCUCAAGAAAAAGACGGGGUAUAAGGCAGCAGGCGUCACGUUUUAAGAGAAGUAGAUCAAGAUCGUAUUCACCGCCUGGAACAAGGAGGCGCUGGAGGUCCAAGUCACGCUCACGGUCAAGGGAACGUGUUAGACACAAGAAUAAGGAUAAGAAAAACAAGAAUGACAGUGUGAACUAUUUUGAAUCAGAUAAGAUAGUCAUGGGCAGCAAGAGCGUCUUCUUGGAGGACCUUCAUGGUUUGGUCAAACCUGAGAGGGCCUUUUUCCUCAGUGCAGAUGGGGACAGAAACAAUAUCGCAUUUCCCACCACACAUCACACUCAGUUAGCAAGUUACAAGACGAAAGUCAAGGGACUUCUUGGAAGCAGUGUCACGAAAGAUAAACUUAAGUCUAAUAAGAAGACUCUGAGAUAUUUCAAGAGAGUUGCUCUGAAGAUGAUGUACUCCGAUGCUACGAAGGUUAGAACAUUGCCUAUUGAGAAUAGUGAAGGCAAGGAAAACCACAAUGGCUAUAUUCCAGUUGAGCUGACAUAUGCCGAGGAAGCCAGAGCAAAGAAUACCACCCAGCAUUCAGAAGUGAACCCCCUGGGAAUACACGAUAGUACAACACAACAAUAUUUGAUGGGCUUAGGAAAUGUCAGGCAAGAGGAAAGCCAACAGAGUAGCCAAAAAAUUGAAUAUGAAUACUGGCAAAAUCAUUCAAAGAAGUACAACGAGAGACUUGGAAAAGAGCCAGGCAAUGUACCGUUGUGGCUGGAAUUUGUUAGAUUUCAAGAUGAAGCCUAUUUGUAUCUUUUUCAGGGUACAGACUCCAAUAACAAGGAUAGUAAAAAGAAGCAUAAGAGAAAUCGGAAAGCUUUAGCAGAGAGGAAAAUUUCCAUAUUAGACAGUGCCAUCAAGAAAAACUUUAGGUCUCUAGAGUUGCAGUUUGAGCGUCUGGAAAUUGGCAAGGAUAUUUGGGAUGACAAAAAACUCAAGCAGGAAUGGGGCACACUAAUAUUCAACUUUCCAAAUAAAAUAAAAGUAUGGCACCAAUAUCUGAUAUUUAUGAAGACCCAUUUCACCUCAUUUAAUUUGUCAGUGGUGGUGCAAACCUUUGCCAAAUGCACUGAGAGACUGCAACAAAUGCACAGUGGGGUGUUCUUGACUCAUUCUCCACCUCCAGAUCUUGGAAGAUGCCUAGUGGAUAUAGCUGUCCAGCUUGCUCAAAUAUGGAGACAAGGAGGCCACAUGGAGAGAUCAAUUGCCCUGUUCCAGGCACUUGUCGAGCUCAAUUUUUUCAGUCCAAAACAUUUGUGUACCAAGGAUACGCCAGUGGAAGCAAGACUUGCUCUCUUUGAAGCUUUCUGGGAUUCACGAGCACCAAGAUUUGGUGAAGAGAAUGCAAUUGGAUGGGCCCAAGUCAUGGAGAGAAAGCAGAAGGUGGAGUUCCCAGAGGUUAUAUUAAGUGGAACACAAGACGAAGAAGAUGACAUCAUAUCCCAGGGAGGCACAACUUCACGUCUGUGGCUAGCGCUUGAGACCUCACGUGAGAGACAUCACUGGCUGCCUUGGGCACAAGAUCCCGAAGACUGUGAAGACCCAGACAGAAUGGUUCCCUUUGAAGAACUCUCCCCCCACCUUUUCAUUUUGGAUUCUGUCGAUGAGCGUUUUUAUCUCGUCCUCCAGUUUCUUAACUUUUUCGGUGUGCCUGAUACUAAAACUUUCACAGUGUCCAUACCAACCGUUAACAAAGGACAAAAGAAAUGCAACACAACUGAAAUAAGUACAAAUAACGAUAAUGCUUUUGAGCCUCAAAUAAUUGAAACACUGUCUGAUAUAGAUUUAUUUGGGUCCCAUUUUCAGUUAGGAAAAACACAUAAAAUUAGUGAAAUUCUGAAUUUUGAUACUGUUGGUCCAUCUCUCCUAGAAGACUCGUGUGAGGAGUAUUACCAGUUCUUGUGCCGGCUGCUUCAACAGGCAUCUAAUAUAUUUGAUCAGUCCUAUAGAAAUAGAAUAACAGUUCUGUACAUCAAGCUGUUGAGUAAACGGUAUCUAAUCAAGAAGAAAAACAACACUGAUAAGGCCAGGCUUAAAAGCUUUGGGAAAGAAUUAAAGAAGCAUAUCAAAAAUAUAUUGAAAUCAGAGGAAUUUAGAAUGUACCUACCAGUGUACCUGGAAUAUGGUAAAAUAGAGGAAGCUAUGGGUCAUUUUGACGAGGCUGAGAAUGUGUAUGCAACAGCGUUGUCCGUUGGAACAGCCAGUGGAAAUGCUCUCGACAUUACAAACGUAGACUUUCCUGCUGUUAUGGACCUCUAUAAGUCAUAUGUCCAUCUUGAAAUGGAUAGAGAGGGAAAACUGUGCGAUUGUAAGCACAGUAAUAAUGUCAUGUACUCGCUUUGUUCACUGGUGAUUGAUGGAAAAUUUGAUGCAGCCGAUGGGUCUCAUGCACCAGGUGGGAACGUCCUCAAAGCUAAGAAAAAGCUGAACGAACUUCUGGAAUUCUAUAGUGAUUCCAUUGCAUUUAAUUGUGACAGUCAUGUUCCAAAGGACAAUGAAAAAUUACUAACAGGUAAAUUAGUGGUCUUUAUUGCUAUUUUACAGUUGCUAACUGUUGGUUUUAAACCUGCUUGUAUAGUUUUUGAAACCAUCAUAGACAAAAUUAAAGGAAUAUGUAAAGAUCCAAUUCCUCACAAGCUAGAGGAUAUUGCAUUGCCUUCAGAAAGUGCUAUUACUACUCCAAUAAUGGAGGAGAAAAGGAAAAACAAAGGUGAUAUAAAAAUAUUGGAAAGCCUCUAUGAAGACUACCUGUGGCUCAUAGAAGUGUCGUCUCAGCUUGGCCAUCUGGUCAGGGACGGCACAAUGUCACCAGUGUCACUGAGGGCGAUUCUCACAUCAGCUGUGCAAGUUGCUCCAGAAAACCAAAGAUUUCUCCUGGUACUUGCUCAGAACCAGGGUUGGCGUGAUCUUCUGGGAGGCUUGGAGAUCCACUCACAGAGAAGUUCUUCCAUCGUGGUGUUGGUGUCGCAGAUCUUGCCUCACGUCCAGAGAACUGUCACUCUCAUUAAUAACACAGAUGAAGGGUUGCUCAGUUGUGGUCACCGGUUAGAGAACGUGUUACGAAAAGGAGUAAGUCGACCUCCGGGCAACCACUGUCCUCUUCUAUGGAGAUUAUAUUUGGCUCUAGUUGCUACUACACAACCUAAGAAAUUAAGGGAAUUAAUUUACAGGGCACUCUCUCAUUGCCCUGGUGUCAAGAGUGUGUACCUGGACUGUGUGCGUCUCAUGCCAGGGAUGCUGAAGGAGAUAGUAAAUCUUCUAAGUGAGAAGGGAAUGAGGGUGAGAAUGCCCUUAGAAGAGUUGCAAGUUCUCACUGAAACAGAAUUGGAGUUAGUUAACAAGAAUGAAGAUAAUGUUGUAGACAGUGACGAGGAAGAAGACCAGGAAACCAAAGAUUAGAAACAGUACACAGACUUAUGACUGUCUAGACAAUGCUUUAGUUACCUAAAUGCCAGGCAUUAAAAGGAGAUGAAUUAAAUCAGUGUGUGUUUUCUACCACUUUGUCACGAGUCUUACCCUUCCCACCACCCAAAAAAAAAUUUUUUUUUUGCUAAUAUGACAUUUUAUCUAGUAAUUCAUACAUCUCCCACCCAUUGCUUUUUAUAUCAUUGUUUUGGGAAAAUGUUCUUUCUGGCCAUACCAAAAAAAAAAAAACAAAGUUCUAUAGAUAAUUGCAGAAAUUCAUUUUUCAUGUUAGAUUCUUUUUAUAAUAAGGUUGUUUUUAAUCACAAAUAUUGUACACUUAACUGCAGAAAUGUCACAUAAACAGGAAGAAUUAAUAUAUGUGCCUUUUGGAA